AUGGGAGGUAAUGUGGAUAUGCAGAUUAAGCGAAAAGAAGCAAAACUAGUCGAAAAGUACUACCAUAGUUUUCAAAGUGUUGAAGUGAAGCAAAUUGAGGAGAUACAUGGGGGCGAGGAUUGGUAUAAAGUGAUGCUUGCUAAUUUAAAGUUUCAAGGACGUGAAGCAGUUAAGAACAAGGAUUAUCUUUCCGCAGAAGAAAUUUACACUAAGGCCAUUGAUCUUGACCCCGAUGAUGCAACCUUAUUCUCAAAUAGGAGCCUUUGCAGGCUUCGCUUGGGUAAUGGGAAGAAAGCCUUGACUGAUGCUGCAGCUUGCAAGUCUAUGCGACCUGGCUGGUCGAAAGCCUGCUACCGUGAAGGAGCUGCCCAAAUGUUACUGAAGGAUUAUGAAAAAGCAUGUGGUGCUUUUCUUGAUGGCCUAAAACUGGAGCCAGAGAAUGCAGAGAUAGAAUCUGCUUUAUGGGAGGAUGUUGAAUCCUUGAAGAUAUCUCGCAAUAACGAGAAAGAAUAG